GACGGCGGACGCCGUGCGGCCUAGGGGGCCGCGAUGGCCGCCUACAGACCCGGGGUGCUCAUCGGCAACUGGAACGAGGAGGCGUAUUUGGAGGAGGACCGCAUCAGGGAUUUUAUGCGUAAAAAAGAACGAGGAGAGCUUUUAACACAGAAAAUAAACAAACUUCAAGAUAAACUUCUAAAGAAGAUACACCUGUCAGUGUCUAAGGAUGGAUUUGUUCAUUUUGGAGACACUGUGAUUCUUCUCAACCCACCCAACAAAUCCCCAGUGGAGAAUUACCCUGGAGCAUGUGGCAGUCUGACUUUGGCAGUUGAUCUGGAUGAAAUAUCCAUAUAUUCGGUUGAAUCACUGCAAGUCCCUUGUGGAGUUAGCGCAGUCAAGAGUGUGGACCCUACGGGUCGGAAUACUUUUUGUAUUUUAAGUGUUGGUGGAGAUGCAGUGGGUGAACCGAUUAGAUUUGGGCAAAACUUUGGUCUUGGGACAACAGGAGGGCUUUCUGACCAAAUGUUAUAUCUAGCAAGUGACCAUAAGUCAUUUAUGAGAUCUGCUAAAAAAUCUUACCUUCAACAAGUGUUUUUGACAGAUGAGCGUUCCUAUCUGACUUGCUGGAAAGCUGUCUUCUUGGAUCCACAGCUGCGUCUUGAAUAUGAAGGAUUUCCAGUUCCUGCAAACUCUGAAAUUAUUAUUACUCAUUGCCAUACUAAUCGGAGCUUAGCUGUUCCAAGGAACUUUUGGACAAGGUCUUAUUUUGGAAAAGAAUAUGAAGUAGUUUGUCACACUUAUCUGGACUCCCAUAAAGCCGAAGAAGAUAAGAAUUACUGGAAAAUAGUUACAGGAGAUCCUGGUGAUGAGGAUGGUACAAUGAUUGAGAGACCAAACCCUCACCCAGCGGGGAUCAGAAGGAAUGAAUUUCAUGAAGAGACAUAGAAUAUAAAAAUCCCAGACUACAGCUGAUGGGGGUUGAUGAGAUUCUGAUUCUUGUUUUUUCUUGUUUUUAGUUCUAGAUAUGUUUGUUUUAAAAAAGGAAAUGAAAGUCUACCAUUAGUAAUACUGCAUAAUCUCAUUAACUCAUCAAGGUUAUACAGCGGGUAAAAACUAAUAAAAUUUGAUGAACCAUGCAAAACAUCAAAAAAUCAUGAAUCAUGAAGGGUUUAUUUUCCCAUUUUCACAUUCACUGAUGGCAAAAGAUGUCAGAAUCCAGGAAAUCUAAUAUAUUUUCACUAUAUUACUGGCCUUUAGAGUGUUUUUAACCAAUUCUUCCAAAACCAAGCCAGUGUCACACUUUUUAAAAGGAUGAGUUUACAGUUUCCGAAACACUGAAAACCAAACUCAUGCAAGCUGUCAUGGGAUACUUUGACAUUUAAAGUUCAUCUGAAAGGAAGUUGGUUGUUGAGUUUGUUCCACGCUCUGUCUGGCACAAUUUUGCCAAUUAUUAAAAAAAUCACAAGUGAGAUCUCUUUAUCUUGAGAAUGGCUUUGGAUUUAUGGGAAUUAAUUAAAAAGGUAUAAAUUGAUUUUUUUUUAAUGUUUGUCCAUGUAUUCUAAACAUUUAAAUGCCAAAUAAUCAAGAACAUGAGCACAGUGAUACAGACUAGAGACUUCCAACAGCCUCUUCCAUACAUCACCAUGAUCCAUUUGCCUCUCAUCCACACAAUUUUUCAAUCCAUAUUAAUUUCUACCAAGCUGACAGCAAGGUAAAAUUGUCAAAGAAAAUUAAGCACACACACCCCCACACCCCCACCCGUUUCAUGAAAAGAAAUGUCAAAGUAGAAAAAGAGUAAGAGAUACUGUAAGUUUAUCCAGUAAGAAAAAGAUUGUAUUCUGUGUUUAUACCUAAUUAGAACCAGAGAAUGCACAU